UUCGACCUGAGACUUUCAAGAUAGCGAGCUUAAUGGCGAGCGGUAAAAGGGUUAGCCUUGCGGUUCCAAUUUCAACAAGCAUAUAUCAUGGCUUAAAUAAAAUUUCAAAUUCUUCACAGUUGGACCAUGUAAGAGUUUGUUUUCCCAUUCACUAUGUCUAUGGUUGGCUUGCUUAUUAUCUCAAAACACACUAUCCGCUUACUAGUGGACCUUCUCUACCACGAAUGGUGGUAUAUUCUGGAGAAGGUGCUGCAAAGUAUUUUGACAAAGAUGAGGCAAGAAAGCGUGUUCAUCGGGGGGAGAACAUUGUGUGGAAUGCAACCAUGCUUAGUAGGCCUCACCCAACUUAUUAUCUUGAUGAUGAAAAAUCAUCAGAGUUGGAUCAAGCUUAUUUUAUGAGCAUUCGUUUUAAUUAUCUUCCAUUGAGGAGAGGAGGUUCCUUUGUCAUUGAGCCAUAUAGUCCGCACCGAUUUAGUCGCCAAUUUGGUUUCCAUCAAGAUAAUCCUGGCUAUUUAGAAAAUGAUAUUCGUGUUGAGUCACUUGAUGAAGGCCUUAUAUACUGGCGCAUUUGUGUAUCACGUGUGACUAUGUCUACAGCGACAUUUCCUCCUGCGGUAACUUCCGCAAAGAAGCUUUAUACCACCCAAUAUUCAUCUUGGUGGGAGAGGUCCUAUGGAACGUUUCUUGAGGAUAAUUUGGAUGUUAUGGUGGAAAAAGCUGGGUCAGAAUUUGUUACCCUUCUAGAAGACAAAAGUCAAGAUAUCGAGAAAACACUUUCAAAAGUCAAGACACCACUUGCUCCCCAACAUCAAAGUAAGAAGCUUAACUUUUCUAAGGCAUCUAAGAAAGAACUGGUUCAUACUCCUACCGAUAAAGAGAAAUCCCCCCAAUUUCUCUUCUCUAGUAAACGGUCCCUUCAAGAAACAAGCAAAACUAGCAAGGAUCGAUGUUGGAAGAGGCAAAGAAUUGAACUAUCUGGGGCUGAAAUUGUAGAAGUCCGAAGUGUCGAUAAUCCUUCUAGAUCAUUGACAAUUCAGAGUAACAAGGUUGAUGCUGAUGGACAUUUACAAGGAUCACCGCGUGAGAGGCCACAAGUUAGCGAAGAGUCUACAGCGAUAUUGAGACCUAAGGCAAAACCAAUUUCAAAUAUCGAGAAAGAUCAAGAUUCAUCGUCUACUUCUCGUGGCCAAGCUUUAAAAGGGUUGGCUCCUAACUCAAAUGAGCUUUCCCGAGUUCUUCCCAAGAUAAAUGGUGCUAUGUCUGUCUUCGAAGGAAGAGGUGUGGUGUUUAAUCACAAAAGGAAGUAUAUCUUGGGUCUUUGGGAAGAGAUCUGUAGAAAACUUUCCAGAACUUCUCUAAACAAUAUUUCAUCUUACAAAGAUGAUAUUUAUGAGAUUUUCAAGGAGAUGAGUGAGAUGAAUUUAUUUGAUCUUUCACCAUUAAAAAGCUUGGUAGAUUCUCUUUUUGAUCAUGCUACUUCUUAUGAUCAAGAACACUCUAAUUUUGUUGACAAGGCGCCUGGAGAUAGGAAGAUGGAACUGCUUUCCAAUGCCAAAGAGCGUCUCGAAUUAUUCAAAGUAGAGGAAUGUGAGAAGGCAAAACAUGUCUCUUCUAACAAGAAAUCGCUAAAGAAGGUUAAGCGGAAGCUAGCAACUUUACAAGGAGAGCGAGAGGGUCUUGAAGCUGUUUUAGACGCUGCUAAGAAGAACGUCGAGGAGAUUCAAGCCAAGAUUUUAGCUAUGGAAGAUGAGAUAUCCUCGUAUGAGAAUAUGAGUUUAUUAACGCCUGAAGAUUCAAUUCGCAUGGAACAGAAAAGAGAGUGCUUGGAGGCUAGUCGACAAGAUUUGACCAACUACAAGUUACGCUUAGAUUAG